CGCCAAAAUGGCUGCGGUGAGCAACAGCGGUUAAGAAGGGAUCCGGACGCUUGGGGGCGGUGGAGGGCCGAGAGCGGACGCUUAGGUCCCGCCCCCUCAGAUGCUUCACGUGCGCUCAGGAUAACUGCUUAACCUGGUCCGGCAUCCCACCAGCCUUCUAGUUCUUUCUUUUGUCAACCGGGACUCUUCCGCCCCACCUCGUCCCUCAGAUUUCACACUGUCCGUGGCGCCCCCAUCCCUUUUUCUCAGAGCUUAAGUCUUAAAGGAUGAAGACAAAGGCACUGUAUGAAGAAAAUUGUUAAGUGGAGAAGUAAAAAGAAUUUUUUGAACAUUCAAAUGAAGACAAAGUUGAUACCAAUCUUGAAGUUUUCCAAAGUAGGAGACAUCUACUUCUACAUAUAAGCAUUUACUAUAAGACUGGUUGCCUGAUGACUUUCCUCCAUAAGAUGAAAAUUCAAAUCUUGGCUGUAAUAUCCACUGUAUCACCAUAUUGACUGUAUAGAGUUCUUGAAAGUUAUCUUUGCAAUUUGAUCUACUGACGUCACAAUGUCAGAAAAAAGAUUCAGCAAUCUCACUUGGGAUCACAUCAUGACACUGGAUCGAGUGUUAGGUGAAGUAAUCCCAGUUCAUGGAAGAGGCAAUUUCCCCACACUGGAGGUAAAACCAAAAGACAUUGUUCAUGUUGUGAAAGAUCAACUCAUAAAGCAGGGCAUUAUUGUUAAAGAUACUAGACUGAAUGGCUCUACAGCAAGUUACAUACUCGCAAGCCAUAAUGGAAUCAGCUAUAAAGAUCUGGACAUUAUUUUUGGUGUUGAUCUACCAAGUGAUCAAGAAUUUCAGGUUGUUAAGGAUGCCGUUUUAGGCUGUCUACUUGACUUUUUGCCAAAAGGUGUUAAAAAAGAAAAGAUUACUCUAAAGACAAUGAAAGAGGCAUAUGUGCAGAAAAUGGUCAAAAUUUGCAAUAACCAUGAUCGUUGGAGUCUCAUUUCUCUUUCAAAUAACACUGGGAAGAAUGUAGAACUAAAAUUUGUCAAGUCACUCAGGCGACAAUUUGAAUUUAGUGUAGAUUCUUUUCAAAUUCUUUUGGAUUCCAUGUUAGAUUUCUAUAGUGUCCCAAAUGCUAAGCUAACCAAAGAAUCUUGUCCGGUUGUUGUGGCUGAAAGUAUGUACGGGGAUUUUCAGGAAGCAAUGAUACAUUUGAAAUACAAGCUUAUAUCUACCAGAAAACCUGAAGAGAUCAGAGGUGGUGGUCUUUUGAAAUACAGUAAUUUGUUGGUUCGUGACUUCAAACCUGCUUGUCAAAAAGAAAUUAAGACUCUGGAACGUUACAUGUGUUCUAGAUUUUUCAUUGAUUUUCCUGAUGUAGCAGAACAGCAAAAGAAAAUUGAAUCAUACCUCCACAACCAUUUCAUAGGUGAAGAAAAAAGCAAGUAUGACUACCUUAUGACCUUGUAUGGAGUUGUGAACCAAAGCACUGUCUGCCUCAUGGGUUAUGAAAGAAGACAAACUCUUAACAUGAUCACCCUUUUGGCUUUGAAAGUACUUGGAGAACAGAAUGUUUUGCCCAGUACAGACAACGUAACUUGCUUCUAUCAACCUGCUCCAUACGUUGUUCUUGAGGGAGGGUACCCAAGUUAUUAUGUAGCAUCUGGGCCACCACUUGUUUACUUCCAGCCACGCCCCACAGUGCGGUUUCCAGUACGGAAUGGUAUGAUGUAAGAAGUACACAUACCAGAAGCAUUGCUGAAUUACAUCUGAAAAGCAAUUUUCCAAAUUCUAUAAAAGUUAAGAUCUAUUUUUCUGUAGUUGCCAACUAUUUUUCACCAAUUGCAGCUUAGAUAAUCAUAGUAGAUAAGGUAUCAUCUCUAAACUCAUUUUUAAGUGAGCUUCAAACGUUGUGACUGUGAAAAUUUUCAAAUGUAGUAGAAUACUUGAAAUGAUUUUUCAAAUCUUACUGACACUUAAAACAAAAUUCUCUGUGACCAGUAUAUUAAAGAUGCCUACAUCUUUGGCUGAAGUGUAAAAAAACACAUCUCAUGUUUUAAAAUGAAGAUGCAUAGUGAAGACAUAGUACAACAUCUUUAUGUUCAACUAGUUCCUUGUUAACACUGCUUUUCCUUAGCAAAUAAGAACAUGAAAUUUUAGUGCUCAAAUUGAAAACACCUGAUUUCAAUGAUAACAAAUUUAAAUGAUGUUAAAACAAUGGAUUGUAAACCUGUGUUUCCCAAUAAAAUUUGUUGGGUUGAAAAUACUACUAAAGUUUGAAGGACCACUGGAAAAAAUAUUCUGGAAAACAUCAAUUUAUCCCUCCAUAUGGAAAGAAUUUAGCUAAUCUGUGGAUUGAAAACAUUCCUUUCAUCUGAACAACCAAUAAGUAACUUAAAAUGGAGGGUUUUUUGACUCUUAAAUAAAUUGAAAACAAAAUGACCAACUUCAAAUGUGAAACUUAUCUCAUCAUCAUCUCCUAAGAAGAAACUAAUUGGGACAAAAAGAUAGAAAUAGCACUACCAACAAAAGAAAGUUAGAGAUUUUAGCCAUGACAUUUAAGAUUUUAGGCUUAUUUGAUCAACAUCCGAAUACAUCUGGGUAAUUUCAUCAUUAGUAACUGAAAGCAAUUACCACCGAUUGAAGCACUUUCACUUUCCCAACACCAAAGGUUAGUUUGCAGUAUGUUCCUUGAUGUUAGAGUUCAGUUAACACCAUACUUUUUCAGUAAUUGUUUAUAUUUGCCAUUAUUCUGAAUAUUUAGUCAGUACAUCAGAUAUUUGCUGGCAAAUAUAUGAAUGAGAUUCAAGAUAAAUUUCUGUCUUGAUGAAAAGAGCCAUUGAUAUGUUAUCUGGGAUGGUACCAAUAAGCUGAUCUGAAUGAAUGUCAACAGACCAUCAGAAAACUUAAGUAUUGUUCCAUCACAAUAUGAACCAGCAAUCAAGAUCUGAGAAUGUAUUGAAAUGUGUGUACCUACAGACUGUAUUUGAAGUCUCUUCUUGGCAGUAUAGUAUUGAAUACAAAAGCACCACUUCUAGGGAAUUUUUAAAUAGCCAAUAUUUCUGACUUUUUGUACCCAUAAAUCACUGGCCAUUGGGGUAUUUAAAUAAUUACAUGUGUAUUAUGGAAUCCCAAGGCUUUAAAAUAUUUGGAUUUAUCUCUUCGGGUGGAGAACAAAUAAAAAUAUUAACUACUACACUAAGAAAUUGUAUCACUGUAUCUUGUAAUACAUCUUGUAAUGGCUAAAGCAUAUGGAGUUUUCUUUGUGUCCUACUAUAUACACUUUCCUUUUCAGAAAGUAGGGAAAAUACACACACACACACACACACACACACACACACACACACACACACAAAACCCCACGUGCGCUUGUGUGCACACAUAUACUGAAAUUACUCAUCAGGAAAUAACAAUUCUAAAAUAUACAGGGAACUUACUUGAGAAUAAAAGGAUUGUAUAAGUGAUGUCAUUGCUAGAGGUUCAGUAUUUCCCAUAGUAGUUGAGCAAUAGAUUGUGAAGUUGUUUGGGUGUAUCUUAUCACAUCUGCCAUCCUGUUGCUUCUUAUUGGAUUUGCUAUAAACUAUUUCCUAGAAUGUAAUUUUGCCAUAUUAUUAUCCCAAAGCUUUAAAUUGCAAUGUAUAGAAAAUGUCCUAAAAGGAUCAUGCUUUCUCCUGACAUUUUAAGUGUCUUGUUCUCUUGUAGAAAAAGCUCAACAUAUAUGUCUAAUAUUUUCUCAGGAUAGAGAAUCCAAACAUGUUGAAUGGGAAGAAUACUGUAGAAGAAAAUGCUUUAGCCUAUUCCUCAUGACUUUGUUUCUCUAAAUAACAUCACCACUCUAAGCCUUCCUUUUUUGCCUACUAACCAGAAAAAUAUGUAUUCAAUAGCAUGGCAACAUCUCUCCAGGACUAACGUAACUGCCUUAAAAGAAGUAGUACUAAUUCCUUCUGUUCAUUAGUUUCAUAUGUGGGAUUGUUUUUUUCUAAGUAAGCAAGUACCAGCCUUUUUUACCUGAAGCCACUCAUAGAAGUCAUUCAGUUAUUUUAAAACCCCCUUCCAGCAUAUGUCAUUCUUUACCAGGCAUAUACCAGAUUGACCUUGACUGUUUUGAUCAAUGGUUAAAUCCAGGAGUAAGUUUUAUUCUGGAAGUUUUUAUUUUUUGUCUCAGUAAUCUAACCAAUACCAAAAAAGAAAAAUAAGUAUUUCUAGCAUUUCUAUUAGCUGAAUUAACUGGGUUUCAGCCACAGACACAUAUUCUUUUAAACUAGAAUAUUCUUAUAGUGCACAAAUGUUCACAUAUAACAAAAGAUCUAAUAGGGUGUGUAAAUUCAGCUUUUAAAUUCAGAAGUAGUCUUCUGAUAAUAACUACUCCACUACUUUAAAAUGAUAUCAUACUAGGUGGAGUACACACUACUUGGAAACCAAUUUUAUGUCACUGUUAUUUGAACAUAACACAUUUUAUUUGAAUGUGCUUUGGUUAUGGAAGGAUGUGAGAUUAUUUGAAUGAAUUAAAACAAAACUCAUUUUAUAAUUGUAAAUCUUGAAAGAACAACAGAUGUUUUAUAGAUGAUUUUAAUGUAUGUGGUUUAUAUGCCCCCUCCGACAGACCACCCUGUCCUGUAAAAGGAAUGCCACAUACAUGCACCUUUUAUUGCCUCAGAAUAAAAUCAUUAACCCCUGUAAAUAAAUAAAAUCGCCUCCUUAAGAGAUAGUGUAUCUAGUAGCUACUCCUCAAAAUUAUUCCAAAUUUAAAAUAAUAGGUUAAAUGUCAAUACAAUUAAUUUUAUGGUCUAUUACAUAAUUCUAUACUAAUGGAUAAAUAGAAAUUAUUCUCUCUAAAAUGCUAACUAUUCUAUUACACAUUAUAGAUAUAACCCAUUCAUACAUAUUCCUUAGGCUAAGCUAUGCAACCCAGAAGCCUGGGGUUGGAUUCUUGUUUGCGGGUUUGUAAAGACCUGAAGGUAAUGAGUAGGAGAUACUAGUCUCUGAAAAUGUCUUUACAGAGCCAUAUGAGGAUAUUAAUAUACUACUUGACCUUUAUUUUUACUAUAGUAGAAUAACUUGAAAUUUUUCUAUAUAAAAUUAAAGCUUAAUUCCAAAGAAAAAUGGUAAAGACAUUAAUUCCUUAACUUGUAAAAUCAGAAUUAAAAGGUUAUUCUUGUAUAUUUAUAAUAAUCUCUUCCAAAUGCUUUGAAAUUAAAAGUAAUCUUAGUAAAUCAUUGAUAUGUACAUUUUCUAUUUUUAAAAGGUUUUACAAUUUUAGUGCCUCUCACCAAUAAUAUUAGAGUCAGUACAACUCAUAUUAGCAGGUACUUGAACAAAUAAAACUUUAAAUCAUAAUUUUAUUUAAGCCAUAUGGGUGACAUUCUUGAGCCUAAGUAUUUCUUCAUACCUAUCUCCUUUACAGAUUUAAGAGUUUAAAGGCACUUUUGGUCCUCUGACUUCAAAAUCUAAUAUCUUUUCAGGCACUAAAUUACAAAUACCUAUUGUUCACUAACUAUUUAAGUUGUAUUUUCACUAUUGAGUAAAAUUCAUUCCAAUUCAGCCUGUAAGUUAGGAAUAUAACUUAAAACUGGUUCCAAGAGUAAAACUGUCUUCUUGGAAAUGCACCCAAAUAAAUCUUUAACGUCAAAA